UACCCUUUGGUGCUGACAAAAAAAAGAUUAAUCUUCACUAAUAGGAAAAAAAUGGAAUUGAAACAGAUUUCUAGCAACAAGUGCUUUGGGGGAUUGCAGAAAGUUUUUGAACAUGACACUGUUGAACUGAACUGCAAAAUGAAAUUUGCUAUCUACUUACCACCAAAGGCAGACACUGGAAAAUGCACUGCACUAUAUUGCCUGUCUGGUUUAACUCGCACAGAACAGAAUUUUAUAUCAAAAUCUGGUUAUCAUCAGGCUGUCUCAGAACACAGCCUUGUUGUCAUUGCUCCACCUUGUUGUCAGGCUGUCUCAGAAUACAGUCCUCGUGGCUGCAAUAUUAAAGGAGAAGAUGAGAGCUGGCACUUCGGCACUGGUGCUGGGUUUUAUGUGGAUGCCACUGAAGAACCUUGGAAAACCAGCUACAGAAUGUACUCUUAUAUAACGGAGGAGCUUCCCCAACUCAUAAAUGCCAAUUUUCUAGUGGACCCCCAAACGAUGUCUAUUUUUGGCCACUCCAUGGGAGGCCAUGGAGCUCUGAUUUGUGCUUUAAAAAAUCCUGGAAAAUACAAAUCUGUCUCAGCAUUUGCUCCAAUUUGCAAUCCAGUGCUCUACCCUUGGGGCAAAAAGGCCUUUAGUGGAUAUUUGGGAGCAGAUCAAAGUAAAUGCAAGGCUCAUCUUGUGAAGUCCUAUUCAGGUUCUCAACUGGACAUACUAAUUGAUCAAGGAAGAGAUGACCAGUUUCUUUCAGACGGACAGUUACUACUUGAUAACUUCAUAGCUGCCUGUACAGAAAAGAAAACCCCUGUUCUUUUUAGAUUACAAGAGGGUUAUGAUCAUAGCUACUACUUCAUUGCAACUUUUAUUGCUGAUCACAUCAGACAUCAUGCAAAAUACCUGAAUGCAUGA